UUUUAGUUCUUCCUCUUAUACCGAAAAUUGGGUUUACUCUUUAUACCUAGCCCUUUUAAUUGGUUUUUUUUGGUCUCUUGACAUGUUUGAUGGAAAUUCAAAAUUUUUGAAAUUUAGGGUUCUAUAAUUGUCUUUGUUUGAAGGAAAGGUUUUCAUUCUAGUCAGUGAUUAUGUUUUAAUGUGCAUUUUGAAAUUAGUUGAGAAUUAGGGUUUUGUAAUUAUCUUUUUUUGAAUAAAGUGCUUACAUAAUUACAUUUUACUGAAUAAUUAUGUGUAUUUGGUUGUAAUUAUAUGCAGUUUAUGGAAUCAUGGUUAGAAAAUUGUCUAUAAGCAUGUUUUUGAGUUAACUAUUACUAUUACUGCAGCUUUGUUCUUGAAACAGUUUGUGGACGAGAAAGUUCAGUGGAUGCAUAUAGAUAUGGAUGGUCCAGUUUGGAAUGAAAAGAAACGUUCAGUAACAGGAUUUGGUGUAUCAACGUUGGUGGACUAGGUUCUUAAAAACUCGUCAUAGCUACCCAUUCUGGUUUUACAAUGAAAGUUUAAAGUGAAAAGAAACAUUGAUAAUCUUUUUUUUUUUUUACUGUUAGGGUAAUUACAGACAUUGAAUUCCUUUUGAUUGGCUCUGAUUGUUUGUAGGUUGAUUGCUGUCUUGGAUCCAAGUAGGAGUUGGGGCUACUCUCUAGCUGCAAAUCAGCCAUUAAUUAAAAAAUGCAGGUGGUAUUUGAUCUUAUACUUUCAUGAUUUGCUGUCAUGAAUUCAACUCGUUUUGAUGCUAGGCUCCAAAACUUGAGUAUCUAGUGGAGUCCCUUUCUGAUUCUACCAUAUUCAUGGCUUAUUAUACCGUUGCUCAUUUCUGCAAUAUGGAGACAUGUAUGCAUCUCAUACCGGUUCCAUAAAGCCAGAACAACUUAGUGAUGAGGUAUGGGAUUAUUUAUUUUGUGGUAGUUCAUAUCCUCAGUCUUUAGAUAUCAAUCCGAAUGUGAUUAACCAGAUGAAGCAGGAAUUUGAAUACUGGUAUCCUUUUGAUCUUCGGGUGUCUGGCAAGGGCCUUAUUCAGAACCACUUGACAUUUAGCAUUUAUAAUCACACUACAAUUAUGGACAAACGCCACUGGCCCCGUGGGUUCAGAUGUAAUGGACACAUUUUGUUGAAUGCUGAGAAGAUGUCCAAGUCCACUGGGAACUUCAGGACUUUACGAGAAGCUAUUAAAGAAUUCUCUGCUGAUACAACACGUUCUGCCCUGGCUGAUGCUGGUGAUGAUGUAGAUGAUGCAAAUUUCGUGUUUGAAACUGCAAAUGCAGCAAUUCUCCGUCUCACAAAAGAGAUUUCAUGGAUGGAAGAAGUUCUUGCUGCAGAUUCUGUUCUGAGAGCGGGUGAGCCAUCUACAUAUGCUGAUCGGGUGUUUGAAAAUGAAAUCAAUUUAGCGAUAAACCUGACUGAGCAAAGCUACCAGAACUACAUGUUCCGAGAAGCUCUAAAAACGUGAUUUUAUGACUUGCAAGCUGCUAGGGAUGAAUAUAGGUUCUCUUGUGGGGCUGGUGGCAUGAACAGGGCUUUGGUGCAACACAAAUUUUUGAAUAUUCGUUAACUUUUAGCUUUUGAAUCCCCUUUCUUUACCAUAUAAUUUUUGAAUAUCGAAUAUCAUAGAUUUGAUUUUGAACAUAUAUGUAAUUACUUUUACAAGGUUUAUUAAAGUAACAUAUACAGGAAGUGCAAUUUUUUGACAUUACUAGUUCUUGGUUGUAUUAAAACUAUUUAAAUACUUUGACUCUUUAUUUAUUAUUAUAUUUAAAGUUUUUUAAACACAUAAAAGCAUCUUAAAAAGUGACCAUGCAAAUUGUGUUUAUUAGGCGUGUAAACGUAUUUUGGACAUUCUUAAGCGUCGGAAAAACAACUGAACCAACUUGGGAUGGUUCUAAAAUGACUCAUACAAGAAACAGGGAUGCAGAACAAAGCAAUUCAACAGCAGAAGAGGAAGACACAGAACUCAAAACAACAGCACAACAGAGUCUGACGAGAACUGGCAACCAGCUGACCUUGCAGACCUUGCCCAGAUCAACCAAGGAUUCAGAAGUUGUGGAAGGUAAUAUUGAAAUCUUGGCACAUGGACCUUCGUACCUUGGCCCAAGAACAUUAUUGUACAUCGCAGACAGCCCACGAAAAUCAGUGGUGAAGGUCGCCCAGUCAGCAGAUAGUCCAAAACAGAACAGAACAAAACUGUUGGCAUCCAUUGACCAGCAGACCUAGCGAGCCCUGACCAGAGCGUAUCUUCUGACCUAUUGGACCACCAAGGGUAGAAAUGGAAUCUUUGCACUAGAAGCUUCCUGCCAGGACUCAUAGUGGCCAUCAUCAAUCAUUGGUAGAGCACAAGAUGAUGGGUGAAAGGUCGCCUGGUUAACAGAUGU